AGCGCAGCGCGGGCACCCGCGCCCCUGCAGCAUGCGGCUCGGGCUGUCCAGCUACAGAGAUGGCUGCAUAAAAGCUGUAGGCCCUGUUGAUGCUAUUCGCAGGCAGUUUUCAGAAACAUCAUUUGAAAAAAUAAUUGACUGUUCUGGAAAAUGCGUAUUGCCAGGUUUAGUAGAUGCUCAUACCCAUCCAGUGUGGGCUGGGGACAGGGUCCAUGAGUUUGCAAUGAAGCUGGCAGGUGCUUCCUAUAUGGAUAUUCACCAAGCUGGGGGAGGAAUACAUUUUACUGUGGAACACACCCAGAAAGCCUCAGAAGAAGAGCUGUUCAAUACCUUCAAACACCGACUGUUACGUAUGAUCAGAGCAGGAACCACUUUGGUUGAGUGUAAGAGUGGAUAUGGGUUAAACCUCGAAACAGAACUUAAAAUGCUCAGAGUGAUUGAACGGGCUAAACGGUUACUGGACAUCAGCAUCUCCUCGACAUACUGUGGAGCUCAUUCUGUGCCUAAAGGGAAAAAUGUUACUGAAGCCACAGAUGACAUUAUCAAUAACCAUCUCCCUAAACUGAAGGAACUUGACCUAAGUGGUGAAAUCCAUGUUAACAAUAUAGAUGUGUUCUGUGAGAAGGGAGUCUUUGAUCUAAAUUCUACCAGAAGAAUUCUUCAGGCUGGAAAAGAUAUAGGGUUACGGAUUAACUUCCAUGGUGAUGAACUUCAUCCAAUGAAAGCUGCAGAGCUUGGAGCUGAAUUAGGAGCACAAGCUAUAAGCCAUCUGGAAGAAAUUAGUGAUGAAGGCAUCGCUGCUAUGGCAAAGGCUAAGUGUGCAGCUGUCCUUUUACCAACUACUGCCUACAUGCUGAGACUGAAACAACCUCAGGCUAGAAAAAUGUUACAAGAAGGCGUUAUUGUUGCUCUUGGCAGUGAUUUUAAUCCUAAUGCAUACUGCUUUUCUAUGCCCAUGGUAAUGCAUUUGGCCUGUGUAAAUAUGAAAAUGUCAAUGAAUGAAGCAUUAGCAGCUGCCACCAUUAAUGCAGCUUAUGCUUUGGGAAGAUCCCAUACACAUGGCUCCAUAGAGAUUGGCAAACAAGGCAAUUUUAUUGUCAUUAAUUCAUCAAGGUGGGAGCACUUGAUUUACCAGUUUGGGGGACAUCAAGAAUUGAUUGAAUAUGUUAUUGUUAAAGGAAAAGUCGUGUAUAAAAAUGAAAGAGUUAUGGGCUACUAAAUAGUUACCGAAAGAAGACGAUCAUGUUGAAGGCUAUCAGGAGAAAAACAGUAUUAAAGUGUUUUUACUACAUAAGGACAUCAGAUUACUUGGAUUUGUAUUUAGUAGUGUAUCACUUGCAUAUACUCAUUUUGCUUCCUCUAUUAAAAGAAACUUUAUCAAGCA